GUCACGACGGACAUUAAUAAAUUGGUGCGUCCCCCGUAAUUCACAAUCAUUGGGUUGCAACCACGUUGAAGCAGCAGACAUAAAUUUAUAAAAUAAUGGCAGAGGGGGCGCGUAGUGUUAAAGAAAUUCAGCAGGAUUUUGCUGAAUCCCUUGGCCAUGGUGACGAAGUCAUUUGGGAUCUCUUAUCUCAAACAAUGGCUGACUUGCUACAGAAAAAAAUCAGGGAACUUAUACCCGAUCCAAGGGAAUCAGAUGACAAGAAGAAACGUGCGGCUGAAAAUGCCCGAAAUUCAAUAUUUACUGCCGUCUGGGAACAACGUGAGACAAUUUUUAAAUUAAUUAUUUGCCGGAUGGCAAUAAUAACCUUAAUUUUACCCUUAACAGGCAAAUACACCAAUCGGCAGUCACUCACUUCGAUCAUUUAUGUGCUUGUUGUGCCUGAAGAGACGGGUGUCGCUAAUGCGGAAAAUUCAGUGGAGUGGUCUUGUCAUCCACUAUUUCGUGCGCGUCGCUGUAUUUCGGACGAAGUUGGCGUAGAUAGCAGCAGCUCCAAUUGUUGUAUGAUCUUUGUUGAUGAAAACGGGCGUGUUUAUCAGAAUUGGCAGUCGUAUGUAGAGGAUAAUGAACUACCACCUGGAGUUAUGGUUGCACCUGAAAAUGGCGUUUACAACAUACGUGAGGGGAGCGUUAAGCUGGUUAAAUACGUAACACCUGCUGGCACCCCUAAGUACAAAGCACUCAAGGUUGCAGACACCGCAUCAGCUAUUGGUGCCUUCGGCUCAGCCCUGUUGACCGGAGUUGCAAUUUUUGCAAUGCCCAUUGCUGCGCCUGUUAUGGCGGUUGGUGCUGGUGUGGGAUUGGCCUCAGCUGGAUAUGCAACAGCACGUUCGGCCGGGCAACUGAUCGAUCGUGGUCAGCAUGAGCAGUCGAUAAAUGUGACAGACAGAGCGGCACGUGGACAUUGGAUUGGGGUCGUGGCUGGUGCAGUGGGCCUGGGAGCUGCAGGAGCUACAAGUGCCAUGACAGCGGCAACCCGCGCUGGUCGCGAAGUUGGGACAAUUGCACAAAUGACAAUCAAUGGCAUGAAUAUUUCCUCCAUUGUGAUUUCCGGGACGGGUGUGGCCAAUGGAAUACUUGAAUUGAUUUUGAAAAGCCAAGAUGGUGACGAUGUCUCUACAAUGGACGUCCUACAAUUAUCAGCAUCGCUAGUGCUCUUUACGCAUAGCGUUUACAAUUUCCGACUGGCCUCGACCAUUAUUAGUGAGACGCAAAAUAGCACGAUUUCAAGUUAUCGCAAGACCUUGAGCAAUCGACAGCGACGAUCUUUCGAUAAGAUUGCUAAGGAGACACAACGCUUACGGGGCCCUACACAAGGCAAGAUGGACAUCAUACGCAACGUCAAUGAAGUGCCUUCGAAGCAGCAAUUCAAUGAUAUGUUCAAGAUAAAUAAGCAAUUGAACGAGCGGGGUGUUCGACCCGCUUUCGCUUCUGAUGGUACAGGAAUAGUGCUCAACGAUCAAGUCAAAGUAACGAACACCCAGGAUUUUCGUGCUAAUGUCCAACACAAUGUUGGUCCAGACAUACUGGGUCAGGUAACUGAGCCGAUACCAAGAGGCUAUGAAGGGGCAGGUAGAACAGGUUCUGGAUAUGCACGGGUGUUGUUUCGCAAUCCAACAUCACUUGAAACACCAGAGACAACAAAUAUGGAUGCAGCAGUGCGUGCAUUACGAGAUUGCUCGAUUUCUUUUGCCUGUGGUAUUGCUCUUAACUUAAAGGAGUACGGAGAUGUAAUUUUCACGAACAUUUUGAAUGCCGAAAGCUUUGAGAACCUUAUUGGGAAUAUGGUUGAGCGCUUUGCUCCGGAAGUGUUCGAUCUUAUUAUGAAAUUGACGCGCACUUUCAUGGAGUCCAUCCGGGAUGAUCUACACUCUGUGUUGAAAAUCUUUAUUUCUACGGAGACUGUGCUUUUCAAAAUGCUGGAGUAUAUUUUGACCAUAUACGAAGAAAUCACUUAUGAGUUAAUUAAAAGUAAAUUUGAUUCAAUUUUACGAGCCGUGAAGGACCAUUUUUUGUCCCUCAAUCCGAAUAACUAUAACGGGUUAUUGAUUAAAUGUGACAAAUGUAUGGGCUUUUACAACAUUUGCAAGUUGUGAAGAGCAAAUAUUUAACGAAAACGGGUGCUUAUAUGACACAAAUAACGGUGCACAAAUUCAGAGACGCAGUUAAAACAAAAAUUAUAAUGUGAUUCGUUUUUAAAAUCACGAUUUUAUAGCAUUGGUAGUAGCUUU